AUGAAGGUCCUUGCUAUCAUCGCUUCUCUCGCUCCCCUGGCUUCCGCCUUUGCUCCUACAUCCCCAUCAUCCCAACGCCUUGGAGUUACUUCUCUCUCGGCGGAAAUUCAAUUUGUCCGAGGACUCAAGGAAAAGGUUGUCCCCGACAUCAAGCUGACCCGUGCUCGUGAUGGAUCGUCAGGAGUUGCUACCUUCCAAUUCGUCAGUCCUAAUGUCUUUGAUGCCAACACAGCCGCAGAAGGCGAUGUCACUGGCAUGUUCAUGAUUGACGAAGAGGGGGAAAUUUCGACGACCGACGUCAACGCCAAGUUCAGCAACGGAAAGCCACAAGCCAUUGAAUCAACAUUUGUCAUGAAGAGCCCUGAAGAAUGGGACCGAUUCAUGAGAUUUAUGGAACGAUAUGGUGAAGACAAUGGACUUGGAUUCUCGAAAGCUUAA